AUGGAACCGCUCACAACCCCUGAUCCGGACUGGUUCUCCAAGGCCUUGGGGCUAUCCUUCAUUGGCUCGAACACGUCGGGGAAGAUCUGGUUGUUUGUGGAAGAAGGAGCUACUUUUGAUAUUGAUUGUGAUACGGAACAAAUCCUACAUGGGCGGAUUAUGUCUCACCGGCUUAUUAGCCCACUAACUAUCUCGGCCGUGUACGCCAAAUGCACAAGGUCCGAGAGAUACCCACUGUGGGAUAGGUUGAGAGAGAUUGCGGGGCCCCUCGAAGGAACACCGUGGAUUGUCGGUGGUGACUUCAACACCAUCCUCUCACACCGGGACAGAAUUGGGAGCGACACAAACCGGCAAGCCGAGAUGGUCGAUUUCGCGGAGACAAUUGAAGACUGCAGGCUCCUCGACCCCAGGUUCGAUGGGGCGGACUUCACAUGGGCCAAAAAUGGUCUCUUUGAACGAUUGGAUAGAGUGCUCGUUAGUGAAGCUUGGACCAGGGUCUUUGAGGCCACUCGGGUUACGAACCUCCCAAGGAUUGCCUCGGACCACGGCCCAGUUCUAGCAAGAUGCAAGAUGUCGAUCUCUACCAAUGGAGGCAAGGCGUUCAGGUUCCUAAACAUGUGGAUCUGA